AUGGCCACCGCUACAACAGCAUUGGUACGUGCAACGGGUAAUACUGGUGGUGCAAUGAUGAUGAUGCCAACGGGUACUGCUAUUGCUAUGGGUUGUACAGUCCAGCCAUCGCAAGUAUCAUUGUAUCCAUCUCAACAAAGUGCAUAUUCAACUUAUCCAUCACAAGUUGCCAUUGGAGUGUCAUCUACUAACAACCGUUUACUUUCGAAUAAUUCCUGUGAUGCAACAUCUGCAAAUUUCUUUCCCCAACAACCACAACAAAGCUAUACAUUACAACGGUCAUUUUAUCAAAAUUUAACACCGGAACCACCAUCAACAACAAAUAAUAACAUUAUGCCUCAAAAUAUGAAUUGUGAAGCUAUUGGUUCGAUACCAUCAGUAACAAUGUCUAAUGACAGCUUGACAGCAUCAGUUUUAACUGAUUUGGGUUCUCAAUCAUUAUCAGUUCGACGACCUUCUAGUUGUAGUAGUCGGAGUCGACCAUCAUCGUCAUCCUCCUCUGCUACGAAUAUACAAAUACCGAUUACAAGCACUACAGUUACUGUUACAAGUGCUGCUGGAUCUGUUACUACAAAUAUGAAUGGUUUAGUUACAAACAAUACCGCUACAUCUGUUUGUGCCUCUAAAAAUGCUGAUAUCUUAGUAAUCCGUGAUCCAUUCGAAGAGGAAGAAUUAUGCAGUACACGCUGUAAUACCACAACUACCCAAAUGAUGUUCAAUCAACGACCACCGCAGUAUAUCAACACUGGAAACCCGUUAGAUUCUGGAGGACAGCUAGAGUUACCUCGGCAUCUUCGUGUCCCGUAUCCUGAAUCAGCAUAUCGAGCAUGUAUUGCAGCGAAUAAGAAUUUGGCCACCUAUCGUAACGGAGCACCGUUACCAUCAUUCAUGCCACCUUAUCCAGCGCUUUCUGGACCAAGAUCUGGUUCCGUUUUUGCUCCCAAUGUUGUUGCAAUGGAAAAUUCGGUGGUUUAUGGGAAUCCACAACAGCAAAGACAGCAGCAGCAACAACAAAUUCCUGGAAAUGGUGCAGCUUUUGGGAUGUUACGAAAUAAUAGAGUUCAAGGAAAUGCUUCACCAGGUUGUCCACCGUUGUCAAUGGGUAAUGCACCAAUUCCAACCCAAGGUUUUGGAAAUCCAUAUUGUAUUCAAGGACCACCAACGCAACAAAUGUUAGGACCACCGGGUUGUAUGCAGCGUCCUGAAUACCUACCAGCUGUAUCAGGUCCAUACUGCAUACCGGGAGGUGCUCCUGGUCAACCUUAUUUUGGGGGACAACCAGUUGCAAGACCUGAACCUGGAACUUCUAGUAUGAUGCCUUUGAAUACUGGUGCACAAAUGAAUCCCAUGGGAAUGGUGAACAUGAAUGGUGAAAGAAUGGGACCUGUUAUGGGUGUUAUUGGUAUGAAUCAGCAACAAAAUGUUGGUGCCACAGUAGGAAAGAAAGGAAAUAAUAAAAGAUCCAAAGCUAACAAAGCAGCUGCAUCAAUACCAAAUCUUGCCAUCACAGAUGAACAGCAUUUAGCCGCAAGGCGGAAACAGCAAUCGUUGUUAGCAUCUGGACAGCAACAACAGCAACCAGUAGUGCCUGGAAUGAUGUUACCCAUGUCAGUUCCAUCACAGGAUUUUUAUUUGUUGCAGAAUAUUUGUGGUAAUCGUGGUGGCAUGCCACCACUACCACAGCAGCAAGCAAUGGUACCAUUGACACCUGCUAAUGGAACUGCUGGAGGAGUUGGAUUAGGACAGUUUGAUCAUUUUGAUGUUCGACCUUCAACAAGUAUGAGUUGUACAUCAAUGUCGUACUGCUCUCCAAUGGCAUCAGCACCAAGUGUAACAGAUACUCCACCUCAACAGCAAUCAACUUCUCAAAUGAUCGCAAAUUCGAUGAUGAUGACAAGAAGUUAUGGUGGUUUCGAACAAAACGGUUUUGUUGAUGGCUUCCAGUCUCAACGGAACAAUAGUAACGGUAGUGAUACUAUUUGCAAUAAUAUGACAACCAAUAGUGCUAUCACAACCAGUGCUAGCGGUGAUUCGUUUACUGUACUAAAUGGUUCUUCGAGUGGUCAGAACACAAGUACCGGUAACAGACAACGUUGUGUAAGCUGUACAGAAGAACUACGGAGUGAUCAGCUCAGUAUUCAAUGCACAGCAAAUGGUGAAGGUUGUCGGCGUUUCUUUCAUCAGGAAUGUAGCGGAUUAUUAUUGGAUGCAUUCCGUGCUAUCAUUGCAGAACCAUGUGCAGAAUGGAUUUGUCCGGAUUGUUUAUGCCGUCAGCAGACGCAACUUACAUUUGCUUAG